AUGGCCGGCUACAGCAGCGGUCAUGGUAACGAUGAGGCGGAGGGUGCUAGGAAUCAGAGGGUAAUGGGAGACUGCCACCCAACACACCUGGAAACGCUUAAUGGACGUGAAUAUAAAAUAGAAUCACUGACACCCGCCACAUUUCCCGGCGCACUGAGGGUGAUGAAGGAGGCAUUGUGGAAGGACGAAGCUGUGUCAAUAGCUACUAAAGUGAAUGAGAAUCCUCAAGCAGCUGAAGAGUUGCUCGAAUUGUGUGCAGACGCGGCUUUGGAUGGUGUUUCACUUGUCGCCGUAGCAGUUAAAACAGGAGAAGUUUGUUCAGCUAUGUUUAACAAAAUAAAGGUUAAAUGGCCUUCUGAAAAACUAUUCUUUGAAAUAUUCCGAGAAGAGCGUUGUACACAGACUUCAUCGCGUGCGCUUGUAGAUUUCAUGGCCGACGUUGACAGAAGGUGCAAUUUAUUUGAAUUAUAUAACGUCGAUUGCAGUUUAGACUUAAUGUUCUUAGCAACACUUCAAGAAUACAGAAAACAGAAAUUGGGCACGCUUCUUCUUCAAUAUUCAAUAGAAGUAGCGAGAAAAGUAAGAGACGGGGCAGUUGUUAGUAUAAGUGUUGCAGAUCUUGGACCGAAAUACUCUCAUCUGAAAAAGCCCAAACCCAUUGACACAUUUCCGAAAAUUUGUCAAGCUUUGGUUACAGUAAAGGAAACCCAAAAAAUGUUCGAAAAAAUGAAAUUUAAUGUGCAUUUGACGGUAUCUUUCUCCGCACACGUAUUUGAUGGAAAAAAAUAUACUGAACGCUUAGAGGAUGAAAAUGCAGUUUAUCAAGUUACAGCAUUACCCUUAUAUGAAUUAGAAUAUGCAUAG